AUGAAGUAUCUACCGCUACGCGAUUUCGAAGACGUGACAAGCGCGCUCAACUUCGACACACCUGACUGCCACGUCAUCGGCGGCUGCGACCUGUACACGACCAAAGCCGCCGGAAGCGACAAGAAGCUCUACAAGACCAUUGAGCACUCGUUGGAGUCGCAACAUGAGUCGGUGCUGCGCUUGUCCGCCUCGCUUUCCCCGCCGCAGGCGCAAUCGCUCGCCGAAUCCCUGAACCUUUCACGAUCCAGUCCGUUCGGCCCCCUCAGCCAGAUCUCGAGUCGCCGCACAUUCGCCUACCUUAUUGCGACGCUCAAUGCCAGUCAUCCGGACUACGACUUCUCGCACAUCCUCCGCCCGACCGAUUUCCGGAAAGAGCGCAGCCUGCGCGGUGUCAUGAACACGAUCGACACAACACUCUACAAUCUGCGGCCGCGGCCGUCGAACGCGAUGCUGGCAGUGCCACCAUCUAGCUGGUCUGGCGGCAACGGCGGGUCCGGGUCGUCCGGCACGCGCACUCCCGGCGGACACCACGUAUGGAGUCCGCGCAUGUGGAAGAUGAUUGACAACGAGAUGAACCUGCGCGACUGCGCCAUCUACUGCUACCAGCCCGAGGAAGAUCCGUUCGACGGCGAGGAGGGCUCCAUCUGGAGCAUGAACUACUUCUUCUUCAACAAGCACCGCAAGCGCGUCUGCUACGUGUACCUGCGCGGGCUGAGCAUCAUGUCGCACAGCCCCGCGGUGCGGGCGGCGGCCGCGGCAAGCCACCACCUGGGAUCCGGCGGCAAGCGCGGCGCCGGCCACCACAGCACGCUUUCCAUGGGCUUGGAGUCGGCUGACAAGCGCGCCAUGUACUGGCUCGGCGACCGCGCCGAGGGCCGGAGCAUAUCGAGCGGCUGGCCCGACGACGACGAUGAUGUCAUGGUCAUCCCGUACCCGGGCGACGACGAGGUCGACGCCGACGAGGAGCUGAUCGACUACGUCGAGGAGGAAGACGAGGACGAGGAGCUCGAGGACGACGAGAUCGAGCGGCAACGCGAGAAGAGCGCUGUGCGCGACAUGAGCGAGCACAUUGCCGAUACCAUGGAGGUCUAA